GGAGAGGGAGAAGGAGAGAGGGGCAGAGGAGAAGGGAGAGAGGGAGAGCGUGCAAGACAGGAAGGAGCGCCUUAGAGUCUCUGAAGCACGAAAGAGAUAACCGAUUAGGAAUUUUUCAGGCAGCUGUCAUCCCGGAGAGCAGCCAGAGAAUCACCAUCACCCCAACUCUGACGUUUCCUACAAGAAGUUAGAGACUUAAGCAGUAUUGACAUCGGAGGGAAAUGGUAUGCUUGAUGCUGUGGAAAAUACCCCAGAGCUGAAGAAGUGCAACUGGAUGUUGUGUGUGUGUUAAAUACCAGAAGAGCCCAGACCCCGUGGGUAAUAGAGACGAAAUGUGGAGAGAAUGACUAACGACAAAUCUGUGAAUUUGUUCUCUGGAGUUGCUAAUUUGCCAGCCCGAAGCAACACAUUUUACAAGGAGGAAACCUUUUGCUGCUUCUGAUUUCUCCCCAAAUUGGUGCUACCAGAUGCAUGGCUUUCUAUGUGUUGGAACAAAUCAUUCCUAACUGCAGCAUACCGGGAAAGGGGAAAGGUUGAGGCAACUAACUGGCUGUCUCCAAAUAAGCGAUGAGAUGUAAUGCAUCCUCCAGUCCAUGCACGCUUCCUCUUGCAAUUCGUGCAUCAUUCCUCAGUGGAAACCUUUAAACCCUAAAAUCCGGGAAAAGAAAAUAAGUACAUUAUCAUGGACCUGAGGGAUUUUUACCUGUUGGCUGCUCUGAUUGCCUGUUUAAGGCUGGAUUCCGCAAUAGCUCAAGAACUUAUUUACACUAUUAGAGAGGAAUUGCCUGAAAAUGUGCCCAUAGGAAACAUACCAAAGGAUCUGAACAUUUCUCACAUCAAUGCUGCCACGGGGACCAGUGCCAGCCUCGUCUACAGACUGGUUUCUAAAGCUGGGGAUGCCCCUUUGGUGAAAGUAUCCAGUAGCACUGGGGAAAUUUUCACAACCUCCAAUAGAAUAGACAGAGAAAAACUCUGUGCUGGAGCCUCUUAUGCUGAGGAGAAUGAGUGUUUCUUUGAACUUGAAGUAGUGAUCCUCCCCAAUGAUUUUUUCAGGCUGAUCAAAAUAAAAAUAAUUGUCAAGGAUACCAAUGAUAAUGCCCCCAUGUUUCCAUCUCCUGUCAUCAAUAUUUCCAUUCCAGAAAACACUUUGAUCAACAGCCGCUUUCCAAUUCCAUCGGCAACAGAUCCUGACACAGGCUUCAAUGGUGUACAGCACUAUGAAUUGCUAAAUGGGCAGAGUGUUUUUGGACUGGAUAUCGUGGAAACUCCGGAGGGAGAGAAGUGGCCACAAUUGAUUGUUCAGCAAAACUUGGACAGAGAACAGAAAGAUACCUAUGUGAUGAAAAUCAAAGUAGAGGAUGGAGGCACUCCACAGAAAUCCAGCACGGCCAUACUGCAGGUCACAGUAAGUGAUGUAAAUGACAACAGGCCAGUGUUUAAAGAGGGUCAAGUGGAGGUGCACAUUCCAGAGAAUGCUCCUGUAGGCACCUCUGUAAUUCAGCUCCAUGCCACUGAUGCAGAUAUAGGCAGUAAUGCUGAAAUCCGGUACAUUUUUGGUGCCCAGGUCGCCCCUGCAACCAAAAGACUCUUUGCUUUAAAUAAUACUACUGGGCUGAUUACAGUUCAGAGGUCCUUAGAUCGAGAGGAGACAGCCAUUCAUAAAGUGACAGUGCUGGCUAGUGAUGGCAGCUCCACCCCCGCUCGAGCAAUGGUUACCAUCAAUGUCACUGAUGUCAAUGAUAACCCUCCUAACAUAGACCUCAGGUACAUCAUAAGUCCCAUCAAUGGCACAGUGUAUUUAUCUGAGAAAGACCCUGUCAAUACAAAGAUUGCCCUAAUUACAGUUUCAGAUAAGGACACAGAUGUGAAUGGCAAAGUGAUCUGUUUUAUUGAAAGAGAGGUCCCGUUUCAUUUGAAGGCAGUGUACGACAACCAAUAUUUGUUAGAGACCUCCUCUUUGUUGGACUAUGAGGGCACCAAAGAAUUCAGCUUUAAAAUUGUUGCCUCCGAUUCCGGGAAGCCCAGUUUAAAUCAGACUGCCCUGGUAAGGGUUAAGCUUGAGGACGAAAAUGACAACCCACCAAUUUUCAACCAGCCUGUAAUUGAGCUGUCAGUUUCUGAAAACAACCGACGUGGGUUAUACUUAACAACUAUUAGUGCUACAGAUGAAGACAGUGGGAAAAAUGCGGACAUUGUUUAUCAGCUUGGGCCGAAUGCCUCCUUCUUUGAUCUGGACCGAAAGACAGGAGUUUUGACAGCCUCCAGAGUCUUUGACAGGGAAGAACAAGAACGAUUCAUUUUUACAGUAACUGCCAGGGACAAUGGGACCCCUCCCCUCCAAAGCCAAGCGGCUGUGAUAGUUACUGUUCUGGAUGAGAAUGACAAUAGCCCCAAGUUUACUCAUAAUCAUUUUCAAUUUUUUGUGUCUGAGAAUCUGCCAAAGUAUAGUACGGUGGGGGUAAUCACAGUGACAGAUGCAGAUGCUGGAGAGAAUAAAGCUGUGACUCUUUCCAUUCUAAAUGACAGUGAUAAUUUUGUGUUGGAUCCCUAUUCUGGAGUCAUAAAGUCAAAUGUCUCAUUUGAUAGAGAGCAGCAGAGUUCCUACACUUUUGAUGUCAAAGCCACUGACGGAGGACAACCACCCCGCUCCUCUACUGCAAAAGUCACCAUCAAUGUCAUGGAUGUCAACGACAAUAGCCCAGUUGUCAUUUCUCCACCUUCCAACACUUCUUUUAAGUUGGUGCCCCUCUCGGCCAUUCCUGGCUCUGUGGUAGCGGAAGUUUUUGCGGUGGACAUUGACACGGGGAUGAACGCCGAACUGAAGUAUACAAUUGUGAGUGGGAACAACAAAGGCUUGUUUCGGAUUGAUCCAGUAACAGGUAACAUCACUCUGGAAGAAAAGCCGGCACCCACUGAUGUGGGCUUGCACCGUCUGGUGGUCAACAUAAGUGACCUGGGGUACCCGAAGUCUCUGCACACGCUUGUGCUUGUUUUUCUCUAUGUUAACGACACUGCUGGGAAUGCCUCCUAUAUCUACGACUUGAUUCGCAGGACUAUGGAGACCCCACUGGACAGGAACAUAGGGGACAGUAGCCAACCCUAUCAAAACGAAGACUAUCUCACCAUCAUGAUUGCCAUCGUUGCAGGUGCUAUGGUGGUCAUAGUCGUGAUCUUCGUGACCGUCCUGGUGCGCUGUCGCCAUGCAUCCAGGUUCAAAGCAGCUCAGAGGAGCAAGCAAGGUGCUGAAUGGAUGUCCCCGAACCAGGAGAACAAACAAAACAAAAAAAAGAAAAGGAAGAAAAGAAAGUCUCCCAAGAGCUCUCUUUUGAACUUUGUUACAAUCGAAGAGUCCAAACCCGAUGAUGCAGUUCACGAACCUAUCAAUGGGACCAUAAGCCUGCCGGCUGAGCUGGAGGAGCAAAGUAUAGGAAGAUUUGACUGGGGCCCGGCCCCUCCAACAACCUUCAAGCCUAACAGCCCUGACCUGGCCAAGCACUACAAAUCGGCUUCUCCACAGCCUGCUUUUCAUCUUAAACCAGACACUCCAGUUUCCGUGAAAAAGCAUCAUGUGAUUCAGGAACUCCCUUUGGACAACACCUUUGUCGGGGGUUGUGAUACCCUUUCCAAACGCUCUUCCACUAGUUCAGAUCACUUCAGUGCCUCAGAGUGCAGUUCCCAAGGAGGCUUCAAGACAAAGGGCCCCUUACACACCAGACAGUGUAACUCACACAGCAAAAGUGACAAUAUUCCUGUCACUCCUCAGAAAUGUCCCAGCUCUGCGGGUUUCCACAUUCAGGAGAAUGAAGAAAGCCAUUACGAGUCGCAGCGCCGCGUUACGUUUCACCUCCCCGAUGGCUCCCAGGAAAGCUGCAGUGACAGUGGUCUAGGAGACCACGAGCCGGUGGGUAGUGGCACCCUGAUCUCACACCCUCUUCCUCUGGUUCAGCCACAGGACGAAUUCUACGACCAGGCCUCUCCGGACAAGAGGACCGAAGCAGAUGGCAACUCUGACCCCAACUCUGAUGGGCCUUUGGGUCCCCGAGGAUUAGCUGAAGCUACAGAGAUGUGCACUCAAGAGUGUUUGGUUUUGGGUCACUCUGAUAAUUGCUGGAUGCCUCCUGGCUUGGGUCCAUAUCAACACCCUAAAUCUCCUCUCUCAACCUUUGCACCCCAGAAAGAAUGGCUCAAGAAGGACAAGCUUGUGAAUGGGCACACCCUUACCAGAGCCUGGAAAGAAGAUAGCAACAGGAACCAGUUCAAUGACCGUAAGCAGUAUGGCUCCAAUGAAGGCCAUUUCAACAAUGGCAGCCACAUGACAGACAUUCCUCUGGCAAAUCUGAAGUCUUAUAAGCAAGCAGGAGGUACUAUUGAGAGUCCGAAGGAGCACCAACUCUAAAAAAAA